AUGUCUUGCUGCGCUUGUCAGGCUAAAUUUUCAUUGUUUUCCCGUGAACAUGGAUGUCCUAGCUGUGGAUUUUCUUAUUGCACUAAAUGUCUCAAGUACAAAUACAAACUGCCUGAUGACAAAAUAAAAAGUGUCUGCGGUCCUUGCUACCACCGAUUAGUAGUCACUGCUAAAAAUUACUACACCAGCAAUGAAUCUGAUGUUUCAUCAGUUAAUUCCAACAAUUCUUUGCUACCUUUGGAUAUUGAACAAAAAUUAAAUUCACUUGACAAUCCUGAGAAACCACCAAUAGUGAUGUACAAACAAGGUCGCUGGGAUCAGUUCAAAGCUGGUCUAGAUCCAGAAGACCAAGCUCUAGUUGACAGAUUGUCCAAGUUGAAGGGUAUGGAUAAACAGCAGUCAGCUCCGACCACCAAAGAGAUCCAGAGACGUCUUGCUAUCUUAAAAGACCAAAAUCCAGGCUAUAAACCGCCGAUUAAUAUUUAUCAAAUGGAUACCCGGACAAACGACCAGAAAACUGAUGAUUUGAUUCAGCAGUACUUUGCAGAGCUGAAUUUAUCCAAAAGUACUUCGUCAAAGGACAUUGAGGAGAGACUGAAUAAAUUAAAAGACAUUGACCCGUCGUUGCCUUCAGCUUCUUCGUCGUACGCCAACGCUCCUGAUCCAGACGAGUCGCAAAUAGUCAAGAAUAUGAUCAGCAGAGCUAUUGCUGAGGCCGCUUUGGAGAAAAAAUACGGAGAAACAGCAAGUGAAGAGCAAAUGGAUUUAGAGAUUAAUGAUAGUUCUGAAGAAUUUUCGGAUCCUGAAGUAACCUGUGUUAUGUGCAACAAAACGAGUGAACUGAUAAGAUGUCGAGGUUGUCACGAAGAUUUGUACUGCAUGCCAUGCUUCAAUGAUAAUCACGAUGAAUUUGAAUUAAAGGAGCACAAAAUAAUUAAGACAAACUUAUAA